AAUGUGAAUCUCUCUCUCUCUCUCUCUCUCUCUCUCUAUAUAUAUAUAUAUAUAUAUAUUUAAGACAUGAGAUUUCUUGCCCAAAAACAAAAGGCUUGAGACUCACAAGGAUGGCAAUUGAAUCCAUCAAAAAGAAGCACGAAAGGUCAUCGAAACUGAAUCAAAUUGCUUCAAUAUUCAGCAACAAAUUAGAACAGAGUGGAUACAAAGAACACUUACAGGGGGUCUAGAAGGAAGGAAGAAGAGCAGAGCUUCCUAGAAGUUGGAAGAUUAAGAAAUUAAAUUUGUUUGAAAGAGAAAAUGGGAUAUGCAAAUAGCAUUGGGAAGUACCAACUCAGUCGAACAAUCGGAGAAGGUACUUUCGCCAAGGUUAAACUGGCCACAAACACAGAAAAUGGCCAGCAUGUUGCAAUCAAGAUCAUUGACAAACAUAUGGUCAUCGAAAACAAUCUCAUCUACCAGGUACAGAGAGAAAUAAGAACAAUGAAGCUCCUGCGUCAUCCUAACAUCGUCAGGAUACAUGAGGUAAUCGGCACGAAAACAAAGAUUUACAUUGUAAUGGAGUAUGUAUCAGGAGGGCAGCUAUCAGACAAGCUGUCUUAUAUUAAUAGGUUAAAUGAAAGAGAAGCAAGGAAACACUUUCAGCAGUUAAUCGACGCUGUAGAUUAUUGCCAUUGCAGAGGGGUUUACCACAGAGAUCUAAAGCCAGAAAACUUGCUAUUGAACAGCAAAGGAAAUCUGAAAGUAUCUGAUUUUGGACUUAGUGCAUUACGAAAGCCUGGAGACCUGCUAUCUACUGCCUGUGGCUCUCCAAGCUACGUAGCACCAGAGCUGCUUAUGAAUAAGGGCUAUGAGGGAGCGGCUGCCGAUGUUUGGUCCUGCGGAGUAAUACUUUUUGAAUUACUCGCUGGUUAUCUUCCAUUUGAUGAUCGUAACCUGAUGAACUUGUAUAAGAAGAUAUUGAGAGCACAAUACACAUUUCCGGAGUGGUUUACAGAAAGCCAGAAGAAACUGAUUUCCAAGAUACUUGAUCCAAAUCCUCGAACGAGAAUUACUAUACCAGAGAUUAUUGAAGAUCAGUGGUUUCAAUCAAAUUAUGAGCCUGCUGUGGGGAUUGAAUGUGAUGAAAAUAUCAACUUGGAUGAUGUUCACGCAGCUUUCGAUUCAAUCAAGGAAAAUGAGGCUAAGACAAAGAUACCACAUAUUCCAAGUUUCAUCAAUGCUUUUCAGCUAAUAGCAAUGUCACAAGACCUUGAUUUGUCAAGACUAUUCGAAGAACAGGAUAAUGAAAAGCAGAAAACAACGCUUGGAUCCAAACUUACAAUCAAUGAAACCAUAGAGAAAAUUGAGGCUGCUGCAAAAGAUGCGUGUCUCUCAGUCGAAAGGAUGAACAACUCUAAGAUGAAAAUUCAUCCAAAACAGAAGAUGACAAGAUGUUCAAGAUCAUGCUUUGACCUAUCAGCAGAGGUAAUUGAGGUGGCACCAACACAUUGUGUCGUAGAAAUAUCAAAAUCUGCAGGGGAACUAGUAUUGUACACAGAGUUCUGCAAAAGUUUAUCAAGUAUGCUGACAGAAGAAUCAGAAGUCUCAACCGAAAAGCAAGCACUCAAGGAGGUCAUUGUCAACACAGAGAAUAUCCAUGGAAGUGAAUUGUAGUAGGUCUUGAACCUAAUCUGAAAUGGUGUACAGAGCAUGAUUUUUUAGCCGCCUCACUAGCAUAAUAAAGACCUACAAGGCUGAUGAGGCCUAAAAAAAGGUUGUAAAGAAAAUUGUGAAGUAAUGCAAGGUAAUGAAUAAAGGAGCAUGAGUGAAGAAAUAGAAAUACUGCUUAUGGUAACAUGGUGUUGAUUUCAAUAUACAGAUGUUCACAAGGUUUUUGUUUGAUGUUUUUGUUUUCUUUUUUUCUUUUUGUUUUUUAACUUUUUUUGGGUCUAUUAUUUGUUGACGAUGUCAAGUAGACAUUUAUGUACUGAAAGAUAUUGGAUGUAGGAAGAAAUUCUUCAAUUGUUUCACA